UGAAGAGGGAUCAAUGUAGGGAUAGUUGUAGGCAUAUAUGCCAUACAAGGAGUGUAUGGAUGUUGUUUGCAGACCAGGUGUAUUGUAUAUAUAUAUAUAGUUGUGUAUAUGUAUUUCCCUUGUUUAAGUUAUGUCAUGUGAAUUAAUGUGACAAGUCUUGUCCAGUUGCCUAGAUGACAAACCCUCGUCAAGCAUUUAGAUGAACGUAGUUGGUUGUGGUAUCUUCCUUGGGAGACAAGCCAACCAAAAAGAUAUUGAUUCCUUGUAGCUGAAAAAAGGGUCAACCUUUCCACUUGGAACAAAACACCUGCUGAUUUGCACCAAGGAAGCCAAAUGGAAGUGGCCCAUGUUCACACAUGUUCACACUAGUGUUCACCCGUGUUCACCUGUAGAUAGAUCCAAAAAGACUUGGCAAAGGUAACAAAUCGGUGGAAACUACACCACCGUCACCGCAGUCGCCGUGCGCACGAUCCGGUCGUCGCGACUGCAUGAGCGGAACCAGGGGAUGCUGGUGUACUACGAACGUUUGAAGGCGCAGCCAGCCUAUGAAGUGCAGCGGAUCUUGCAGUUCCUGCAAGUGGAGGUGUCGAAGGAGAAGUUGGACUGUGCCGUGCAGCAGUCGACCAUGGACAAGCUUCAGGAGAAGGGGAACGACCGUGGGCACGACCGCGUGGAGUCCAAGAGCUUCUUCGGGUCGCGGAACACCACGGAGGCGCAGGAGAACUUGACCUAUCCGCUUCCGUUGCUGCGCCGCUUCGAGAACAUGAAGCUCUUCGAGUUUGCCACCUCCAUGGGCUACAUCUCGUAUACCAGCCUUGAAGCUGCCCAGGACUUGGCUGAGCGGCAAGUGCCCAGCGAGAUUCAGGCCCCUUCGAUGCCUUGGCAGGAGGUCAAGGUGGAGCAGGCUCACCCUGCAGCGGAGCUGCCGGAUGUGCCAAGCUCAGCGGAACUGGCGGAGGAGCUGCCGGAUGUGCCAAGCCCAGCGGAACUGGCGGAGGAGCCGCGCCCUGGGCAAGGUCUUCUAAGUCUUCAACGCAUGGACGCGGGAGCAGCGGGAUGGCUGAACGAGAGGCCGAUGUCUCUCGUCCAGUCGGGCAUGUUUGGCUUGCUGAUGGGCAUUCUUUGCCUCAUGAUCCUUUCUCGACUCUGGCGCGCGCGGAACGCCAAGCAAAUGCACUCCGUUUGACUUCCCGGGACACCGCGCUGAAGAGCGGCGCGGCUGGGGUCAGACCGCAGGAGUUGUCCCCCAAAAAAGGCGGG